AGGGUCGGAGGCGGCGGUUGCCGGAGCGGGCUCCGCGUCCCCCGAGAGAACCAGCGGGAAAGGAGUGAGGCCUGAACAUGGCAGCGAAUAGGAACUUGAAGCAAGUGCGGAUCGAGAACAGCUCCCCAGCGGCACCGCUGGGCAUGGUCGGGGGUGGCGGCGGCAACUUGAAGGGAUUGCGGGGCCUAGAAACGGAGACUGAGGCAGCGGCGGCCAUGGCGCUAGCGCCGACCAAAGAAGGUGGAGAUGAAGAGCAGGAGGCUGGGUUCACCAUCGACAUCAAAAGCUUUCUCAAACCUGGCGAGAAGAGCUACACGCAGCGCUGCCGGCUGUUCGUGGGGAAUCUGCCUACUGAUAUCACCGAGGAAGAUUUCAAGCGCCUCUUCGAGCGCUAUGGGGAGCCUAGCGAGGUCUUCAUCAAUCGGGACCGUGGCUUUGGCUUCAUUCGCCUGGAAUCUAGGACACUGGCUGAAAUAGCAAAGGCAGAACUUGACGGUACUAUUUUGAAGAGCAGACCACUUCGGAUUCGAUUUGCUACACAUGGAGCUGCCCUAACGGUCAAGAAUCUUUCGCCUGUGGUUUCUAAUGAGCUGCUGGAACAAGCAUUCUCUCAAUUUGGGCCAGUGGAAAGAGCUGUUGUUGUAGUAGAUGAUCGUGGCAGAGCUACAGGAAAAGGUUUCGUAGAGUUUGCAGCAAAACCUCCAGCACGGAAAGCUCUAGAAAGAUGCAGUGAUGGGGCAUUCUUGCUAACAACAACACCUCGACCUGUUGUUGUAGAACCAAUGGAGCAAUUUGAUGAUGAAGAUGGGCUCCCAGAGAAGUUAAUGCAAAAAACACAACAAUAUCACAAGGCAAGAGAACAGCCUCCACGUUUUGCUCAGCCUGGAACAUUUGAGUUUGAGUAUGCUUCACGGUGGAAGGCCCUUGAUGAGAUGGAAAAGCAACAGCGUGAGCAGGUUGACAGGAACAUUAGAGAAGCCAAAGAAAAACUAGAGGCAGAAAUGGAAGCAGCUAGACAUGAGCAUCAGCUAAUGCUGAUGAGGCAAGAUCUCAUGCGACGUCAAGAAGAAUUGAGGCGUUUGGAAGAACUUCGAAAUCAAGAACUUCAAAAACGCAAGCAGAUACAAUUGAGACAUGAAGAAGAACAUCGACGUCGUGAAGAAGAGAUGCUACGUCAAAGGGAACAGGAGGAAUUACGACGACAGCAGGAGGGAGGAUUUAAGCCAAAUUUCAUGGACAACAGAGAACAGGAAAUGAGAAUGGGUGAUAUGGGUCCUCGUGGAGCAAUAAACAUGGGAGAUGCGUUUAGCCCAGCACCUGCUGGUAACCAAGGCCCUCCUCCAAUGAUGGGUAUGAAUAUGAACAACAGAGGAACUUUACCUGGCCCUGCAAUGGGUCCUGGUCCUUCCAUGGGACCAGAAGGAGCUGCAAAUAUGGGAACACCAAUGAUGCCAGAUAAUGGAACAGUGCAUAAUGAGAGAUUCCCUCAAGGAGGUCCAUCACAGAUGGGUUCACCUCUGGUUAGUAGAACGGGCUCUGAAACUCCUCAGCCGCCAAUGAGUGGUGUAGGUGCCGUGAGUGGUGGACCUGGUGGCUUUGGUAGAGGAAACCCAGGGGGCAACUUUGAAGGACCUAACAAGCGUCGCAGAUACUAAAACUUAUUUCAUUCCCUACUGUUUAGAAAUUCCAGUAAAACUAUACAGUGAUAUGCCUUUAUAAUUUUAGCUGUUAUCUGGAAACGGUUUUAUUGUUAUUGUAGUCUUUAAAACAGUUUCUUUUGUAAAACUUUUUUUGUAUUCAGUCAUAGGCUUUGUAGUAUAGAGCAGAAUUGAUGCGGAUCAUUAUGUAAGGCAAUGUGUUUGUGACUAGCAAAAUACAAUGUGUGACUAUGCUGUAAAACGUGGAGUUAUCUGAUUACAAUAAAAUAUAAAAAUCAUUUGAAAGUAUUUUGGGAAUGUUAUUACUAAUACUGGGUAAGAAUUUUAUGCUUAUAAUUACAAGUGGCAUCAUUUUCAUUCUUACGUAGUUUCUACUAUGUGUCAAGAAAGUUCCAUUCUUAAUAUUGAAUCUGUUUAGCUGAACUGCAUGUUGCAGUACAUACUGUGAACAAUUUAUAACACAACUGCUUUUGUUUUGACUUUUGAAGAGCAUCAAAUUCUUUACAGAGUGUUCUCAAGGAUACUGUGUCCUUGCAUCUCCGUCUCCCUUUGCAAACUUAGUCACAAUAAGCUUAUCAACAGAGUAUAUCCAUUACUCAAAUUAUUGCAAAAUUUAACUUGGGGGGCAGGGAAAGGACUUUGGAAAAGGAAUAUGUAUGUAUGCUUUAUUCAUAACAGUAUGAAUGAAUUUACCUAAACCAUACUUCUACGAAAGAAAAAUUGUUGUGACCUCUGUGUGUUGUACUGAUCGUUAAAGUAUCUUGCCAUUGCAAGGAAGGAGACAUUUGUGCAAGCUGGUUUAAAGCCUUUCACUGUGUAAUGCAUCAUUAUAGGUAUACAUUUCCCCCAAUGGUUGGUUUGAAAAGAAACAAGUCUGUUAUCAAUGUUUAACUGGUUAAUUCAGAGGCAAAUAAGUGUUUUCCAGUUAAAAUAAUUGUUCACUUAUAGUAGAGUAAUAGCAUUUAGAAGGAUUGCACUUGACUAUUCUUGAUAAAUGUUUUACAGAAUGAUUAAUUUGAAAAAUACCCAUUUCCAACACAACUCAGGCUAGAUUUGCUGAUUGAGUCUUAAGAUAAAACUGAUGAUAAAGCUAUUGUGAAGCUUACUAUGGUUCAGAUUUUGUCAGUCAUGGAAGAUGAUGGAAAAGACCUAUUGGUUCUAUUCCUGUAAUGGCAAGAAAGUAGGGGUAUUUUUAUUACUGUUGCUUUUUUCCUGCACAAAAUAGAUAUAAAAUAUUAGUGUUUUUUAUCAGUUCACUCACGUUUUCAGAAAUAGAAAUUGCUAAAAUUUAUCUGCAUGAAUUGUGAUACUAAAUUGAUUUAAAACUGUUUUGAGAUAACAUAGUGCCCUAAUUAUAUUGAAAUGGUACUUAAGUAGCUCAAAGCACGGGAUGCAAGUAGCAGAGAGCAUGUAUAUGUUACUUCUUAAUAUAGCAGUGAUUGUCUUGGUGAAUUGAAUUGUGAGCAUAUGGGUAACAGGAAAAUUGUGGCAUAGCUGGCAUUUUGGAAGUAUACUG